AUGCUGCAGUACUUGAUGUACGCCGUGUUCUACUCGGUCUGGGUUGGAUCGCUUCUCUGCUUUUACCUCGCGCUCGGAGCCAUCGUCGUCACGGACCUUCGCUUCUACCUCAUCCCGUUCUUCGCCAUCUACUACAGCUACCGCUACUUCAUCUCGCCGCUUGCGCCGUGGCCGGCCGCCCAAGCCUUUGCGUACAAGAUGUUCAAGAAGCACCAGUAUUUUAGCGAGCAAAAGGUCGUGUUCGAAGACAACAUGGGUGCACCGGCCGCCGACUCGAAGGCGCUCCUCGCCUACCACCCCCACGGUGUUCUUAGCUGCGGCUGGACGACCAACGGCAUUGGCUGCGAGACGUUCGCGCCGUCCCAGAUCCAAUGGCUUGUGUCGGACGUGCUCUUCAACCUCCCGGUGAUGGGCGACAUGAUCUCGUGGGCGGGCUGCGGCCCCGCUGGCAAGGAAAACUUUUCCAAGCUUUGCGGCCAAGGCAGCAACAUCGCGCUCAUUCCUGGUGGCUACGAAGAGGCGACGACGUACAACUACGGCAAGCACCAAGUCUACUUGAAGAACCGCAAGGGCUUUAUCAAGCUCGCGCUCAAGCACGGCUACAAGGUCUACCCGGUUUAUACGUUUGGCGAAGAGCUCACGUAUACGACGGUCAACCAACUGCUCAAGUUCCGUCUCUGGCUCAACUCGUGGAAGAUUCCUGGCGUCGUUUUCCGCGGCAAGUGGUGGUGCUCCGUCCUGCCGCACGACGAGAACGCGCUCGUCACCGUCGUCGGCAAGCCGCUCGAGCUGCCGCUCAUCGAACACCCGACGUGGGAGCAGGUCGAGAAGCACCACGCCGAGUACAUGACCAAGCUCCAAGAGCUCUUUGACAAGCACAAGGGCGAGUACGCCAAGGACCCCAAGGCCACUUUGCACUUUUUGUAAUGACUCGAGUCGAAAUGCAAACAC